AAAACUAUUUUCCCCUCCAUUGGGUUCUUCCAAAGAUCUCUCCUCCAAAACCAAAACCAAAGGGAAACCCCAGAGAUAGUGACCUUGUGAACCACGGUGAAGAGAUGUCCUCGGAAGGUUAUGGACAAAUCUCUGGUCCAUCGAGCAAUGCAGGCCAAAAGAAGAAGAAGAAGAAGCUCGCUAUCAUUGGUGGCUCGGCGGCAAUCCUCCUCUGCAUGGUGGUCGGGGCCGUGAUCGGUGUCUCGCGCUACAAUUCUUCCAAGGGUGGCUCCUCUGAUAGCAGUGGUUUUACUACCACGUCGAAGGCAAUCAAAUCCAUUUGCCAACCAACGGAUUAUAAGGAGAUAUGCGAGAGCUCUCUCACCAAAGCAGCAGGCAACGCGAGCGAUCCAAAGGUGCUUGUAGAGGCCGCAUUUAACGUCACGAUCAGCUACAUUCGUGAUGCAUUCGACCAUUCAUCGGUGCUCCAAGCGACUGCGAAGGACCCACGGACCUCCGAUGCACUCGAUGACUGCAAGAAACUCCUUGACUACGCCAUUGAUGAACUCAGGAACUCAUUCACCAAGUUUGGCCAACUCGAUAUGAAUCACGUCGAUGAUGUCAUCGACGACCUCAAGAUUUGGCUCAGUGCUGCAGUCACGUACCAAGAGACGUGCCUCGAUGGAUUUGAGAACAUAACCGGAGAUGCCGCGGAGUCCAUGAGGGAGGCAUUGAAUAGCUCCCAAGCCUUAACAAGCAAUGCUCUUGCCAUCAUCGAUGAGAUUUCUUCGGUGCUCUCCACAGUCCGGGUUCCUUUCCUCAAGAGAAGGUUUCUCUCGCACGAGGAAGAGGGGAGCGGCGAGUACCCUUCAUGGGUGGCAAAUGGGAAGAGAAGGCUCCUCGCCCUUGCAGCGGAUCAGAUAAAGCCAAAUAUAAUUGUAGCUCAGGAUGGGAGUGGAAACUACAAAACCAUAAAAGAAGCACUUGGUGCAAUCCCCAAGAAUAGCAAUUCGAUCUUCGUGAUAUAUAUCAAGGAAGGAGUGUACAAGGAGCAGGUGUGGCUGGAUAAAAGUAUGAUGAAUGUGAUGAUGAUCGGGGAUGGCCCAACCAAGACGAGGAUCACCGGAAACUUGAAUUACAUCGACGGCACAACAACCUUCAAGACUGCAACUUUCGCUGUGGUGGGAGAUGGGUUCAUCGCCAAGAACCUUGGGUUUGAAAACUCUGCGGGUGCGGAAAAACACCAAGCCGUUGCCCUGCGGGUACAAUCCGACCGUUCAAUCUUCUACAACUGCCAGAUGGACGGCUUUCAGGACACGCUCUACAGCCAUACGAAGCGCCAGUUCUACCGGGAUUGCACCAUCACCGGCACAAUCGACUUCAUCUUCGGCGACGCGGCCUCCAUCUUCCAGAACUGCAUCAUCCGAGUGAGGAAGCCAUUGGCGAACCAGCAAUGCAUCGUGACGGCAAGCGGCAGGAAGGACAGGCGAGAGGCCACCGCCAUCAUCCUCCACAACUGCACCAUCGGCGCCGACCCUGACUACCUACCGCUCCGCGCCAGAAAUCCAUCGUAUCUUGGCCGGCCAUGGAAGCCAUACUCGAGGACCUUGGUCGUGCAGUCUCAGAUUGAUGACUUCAUCCACCCGCAAGGGUGGCUGCCAUGGCUAGGGGACUUCGGCCUUAAUACAUGCUUCUACGCCGAGGUCGACAACCGCGGCCCGGGGGCAGCCAUCGCCAAAAGGGUCGCGUGGAAGGGGUACAAGAAGAUAGACUACAGCCAUGCGCAGAAGUUUACAGUCGAGCAGUUCAUCCAAGGGAAUUCAUGGCUUAAGCCCACAGGUGUGCCCUAUAUUCCAGGGCUGCUACCAGAAACGGAGGCCGGCAGGGUGCACUAGUUUGUAAUCUUGGUUGUAUGAAGUUGUGGAAGAGAGAAGGGAUGCAGAGAUAUUGAAGAAAAAAAAAGGCUGUGGGACAGUGGGAGUGAUGUCCCUUCUCUCUCUCUCUCUCUGUCUCUGAGUAAAGAGAGGAGUAGGAUUUAUUUGCUUCCUCUUCUCUUGAAUAGGUGGAAAUUAAUAAAAGAAGUAUUGGAUUCUUUUAUUUGUACAACUGUUAUUAUUUGAUGGAGAGUUCUAUGUGCUCUUUGUUUUAAUAGAAAGCCCUCAUGCUGUUUUAUUC